AUGGUGACACGAGGUGUAGUAUUGGGUCAUAUUGUUUAUGACCAAGGUAUAGAGGUAGACAAAGCAAAGGUAGAAGUUAUUGAGCAAUUACCCCUACCUUUUAAUGUUAAAGGGGUAAGGAGUUUCCUUGAUCACGCGGGGUUUUACCGCCGUUUUAUCAAGGACUUUUCUAAAAUUGCAAAACCACUAACCCAACUUAUACUUAAAGAUGCUCCUUUUGAUUUUACUAAUGAGUGUCUCGAGUCUUUUAACAGGAUUACGAAAGCCUUGAUUUCGGCUCCUAUCAUAUGUGCUCCGGAUUGGAAUCUUCCAUUCAAAAUCAUGUGUGAUGCCAUCAACUAUGCUACUACAGAGAAGGAGUUUCUAGCUAUAACUUUUGCCUUGGAGAAAUUUAGAUCAUACUUGGUUGGUUCUAAAAUUAUUAUUUUUACUGAUCAUGCAACAUUAAAUUAUCUCAUUGCUAAGUCAGAGACCAAACCUAGACUUCUUCGUUGGGUACUCACACUCCAAGACUUUGAUAUUAAAAUCAGAGACAAGAAGGGAAGAGAAUGUGGUUGUAGAUCACUUGUCUAUAAUCAGGUAUUGACUACAUGGGCUGUUUCCAUCUUCCAAUUAGAAUUGUUACAUACUCGUGGCCGUAGAUUAUGUGUCCAAGUGACCGAGGCCAUAGCUUCACCAACAAAUGAUGCCAAGGUGGUCAUGAAGCUCUUCAAGAAGACCAUAUUUCCAAGGUUUGGUGUCCCACGAGCUAUCAUAAGUGAUGGAGGUACUCACUUCCAUGAAAGACAAUUGGACAACCUCGUAAAGAAAUAUGGAGUGUAUCAUAGAACCGGACUUAGUUAUCACCCUCAAACUAGUGGUCAAGUUGAGGUCUCUAAUAGCGAAAUCAAGGCUAUUCUAGAGAAGGUAGUGGCUAAGUCAAGGAAAGAUUGGAGUAUGAAGCUUGAUGACACACUUUGGGCAUAUCGAACCGCAUUCAAGACACUAAUUGGUACCUCACCUUACAGACUAGUGUACGGUAAGGCACGUCAUCUUCCCGUGGAGUUGGAGUACAAAGCUUUUUGGGCAAUUAAAGAGCUUAACAUGGAUUCUAAGGUUGCGGGAGAGAAAAGACUUCUCCAACUCAAUGAGUUGGAUGAGUUUAGAUUGUCAGCGUAUGAUAGUGCAAGAAUAUACAAGGAAAAUACCAAAAAGUGGCAUGAAAAGAAGAUCUUACCAAGAGAGUUUGCACCGGGUGACAAGUUUCUACUCUUUAAUUCUAGAUUGAAGCUUUUCCUAAGAAAACUAAAGUCUAGGUGGUCGGGUCCCUUCACUGUCACUAAGGUGAACAAGUUUGGUUUGGUUAAGCUAGUAAAUGAAAAGGGUGAAGCGUUCAAGGUAAAUGGUCAACGAUUGAAGAUGUAUCAUGAUGGAGCUACUGUUGGAGUGGUUCAGGAAACCCACCUAACCCCACUCUCAUCUUAG